GCGAGGCACGAAGCCAACUCCACUACCACUGCCACUACCAUUGCCACUUCCACACGAGAAUUACCUGCCACUUCCACCAAAUUUAUCGUAUCGAUGCGCCGGCCCGCGAUUCGCGUGCAGUUAGUCGAAUUUUUGACGGUCGAGUGACAAGGUGCGUCGCGUCGCAAACUCCCAACAAAUAACUCCCUAAAAAACAUAAUAUAAAAAAAGUACCGAAGAAGAUACUUUAGCCGUCGCGCCUCUGAACUGAAUAAUCAAUCGUAUCCGCGGGAUAAGCCCACUGUGCGAAAAGUGUUGUGCCCAAGUGCUCAAAGGAUCGGAUCCAGUUGUUGCCAAUCUUGUGGAUAGUCGGCGCUCACUGGCCGAAUCCAGUGCCUAAAGAUUGAGAUUUUCACUGCUGAGCUCGGUUCGGUUCGCUUUUGGGUUUUGGAUUUUGGAUCGGAUCGGAUCGGUUCUGGACGGGCCUGGAGACGCCGUCCGAAUUCGUGGAAGCCGUAAAAAGUCAUCGGGGAGUGGGCCGCCAGCCAUCCAGUCACCCAGCCAUCCAGCAUCAGUUCGAGCAUCAGAAUCAGCCGUUGGGAGAGUCUCAAAAGCGAGCAUCCUAAUAGCCCGGCGACCACGACGACAUCCAUCAAAUCGUUUUUAUGACGUUCUUGCUUGAAAUUUGAUUAAAAUUCAGCGAUUAACUAAGCAGUCGCGGCAGUCGGCAGCAACGGGACGAAAGACAAACUACAAAAAACAAAAUACAAAAAACGAGAGAAACAAACAAGCAACAAGCAACAGCAAAUAAACCAAACCAAAAUACUUUACGGAGGCUAAAAGACAGCGAGCGACUACCGAUCGAAUCGGAAUAGGAAUCGGAUCGUAUCGCAUCGAAUUGAAUCACUUUCGGACUGGAUUGGAUUGGUUUGGCUUGGAUUGAAUUGAAUUGUUGAUCACAUUUCAGCCAUGCCGCAUACAGGACAAGCUGGUGUCAACCAACUGGGAGGAGUGUUUGUGAAUGGACGUCCUUUGCCGGAUUGUGUACGUCGGCGAAUCGUGGAUUUGGCUUUAUGCGGAGUGCGGCCCUGUGAUAUAUCCCGCCAGCUCUUGGUUUCCCAUGGCUGCGUAUCCAAAAUCCUGACGCGCUUCUACGAAACGGGAUCCAUUCGACCUGGUUCCAUUGGCGGCAGCAAGACCAAGCAAGUGGCCACGCCCACCGUGGUGAAGAAGAUCAUCCGUCUGAAGGAGGAGAACAGCGGGAUGUUCGCGUGGGAGAUCCGCGAGCAGCUGCAGCAGCAGCGGGUCUGCGACCCCAGCUCCGUGCCCUCGAUCAGCUCCAUCAACCGGAUUCUGCGGAACAGUGGUCUCUGGACGGACGAGAUGACCUCCAGUCAGCAGAACGCAGCAGCGGCGGCGGCGGCAGCAGCGGCUCACCAAGCGGCCGGCGGCCCACCGAAUGGCUACGGACCCCAGGCCCCGCGCCCUCCGCCUGCACCGCAGGUUUCCGUGGCCCCGCCCACUCCCUCGGCCACGCCCACCGUAGGAGGACGUUACGCCAAGCCGCCGGCGCUGAUGAUGAGUUCCGUGGGCGAGAUGCCCAUCAAGCCCGCUCCCAAAAUGCCGCCCACUUUGGGCCACGGCCACAAUCACGGCCUGAACCCCAGUGUUUCUGGCCUGGAUCUGAGCUACUCCGCGCUGCACAAGCACUGGCUGUGGAACCCCUCGCUGCUCUACUACACCCAGGCGCACAUCCAGGCGCAGGCGGCGGCUUCUGGUGGCCAGUUCCUUCCCUAUGCCGGUGGCUAUCUGCCCCACGCGAUGGCUGCCGCCGCAGCAUCCUCCACCUCCGGAUUGGGUGGCUUCACUAAGUCGGAGAGCUCCAUCGAUUUGUCGACUCCAGGAGCAGCGGGCGAUGCCCUCAGCGACUGCGACUCCGGCAAGUCCUCUCCAGCGGCGCUCUCACUUACAGCAGGUGGGGGAAAUGGAUCGGGAUCGGCUCCAGAGGCUUCGCCAGGAUCGGCUCUUAGCCACAGUCGGAAGAGGAAUCCCUACUCCAUCGAGGAGCUGCUCAAGAAGCCGGAAAAGCGACUCCGACUCAGCAGCAAUAGGCUGGAGUGCUUGGAGUCCAGUUCCUGCGAAAGUAGCCAAGACAGUCCGGCUCCACCGGCACUGGAAAUCCCCGAGGACGAGGAUCCCGCCGAGGGCGAGGAGGAGCAGGAGGAGGAGGACUGCAGCGUGGAGGUGGUCAACUGAAUUCCCCUGAAUAUUCCUAUCUCUCCAAUGUCCCAGUUUUGAUCUGUGUAUAUAUAGCAUUUUAGUUUAAUCCUAAACUCCCCUGAAACCAGAACCCAAUGAAACUAAAGAUGAACCGUUCUUAUUUAAACGAUCUAACUAUUUUUCAUUCCUAAACUGGAUCUCUACUAGCGAGUUUUUAAAAUGUAAUUGUACUAUUUUACGGUUCACAAUAAGUUGCUUUGGAUAUGGUGAUCAGGGGUGAUAAUUAUAAUUAAAUAUUUA